AUGCAAAACGGACCAAACGAUCACAUACGGGCAAUUAACCCGGAAAUAAUAUCACCAACCGCUGAUACAUUUUCACUCCCUGGAAUUACACCGGAAAAGAGCGAGACAACGAACAAACAAGAAGCAAAAGCGCUGAAUCUCUCCACGAAAGGAACGAAGCCGAAAACGAAAUCAUCCACGAUGCCCUACCCGUUAUCUAAGGUCGGCGGGAAGAUGCACUACGAGUGUAAAUAUUGCCAGAAGACCUUCGGACAGCUGUCUAACCUAAAGGUACACCUACGCACCCAUACCGGAGAGAAACCUUACGUCUGUGCCGAAUGCGGAAAAGGCUUCGCCCAGCUGGCGCAUCUGCAAAAACAUCACCUCGUGCACACAGGGGAGCGCCCCCAUCAGUGCGGCGUCUGCGACAAGCGCUUCAGUUCCACAUCGAACCUGAAGACACACUUGCGGCUCCACAGCGGCGACCGGCCGUUCCAGUGCCGGGUGUGCCCGGCGGCGUUCACGCAGUUCGUUCAUCUGAGGCUUCACAAACGGCUGCACACGAAUGAGCGGCCGUUUGAGUGCAUGCGUUGCCGCCGGAAGUACAUCAGCGGAAGUGGUCUCAAAACGCACUGGAAAACGGGCACAUGUUUGCAACGUGUUGAAUGCGCGUAAGAACGCAAGCACAUACUAAAUUGUCUCACAAAGAUAGUUCGACAAUAUAUGUCACGGCAUGUUUGUGAAUAGCUUCAACAACUUAUAAAUCUAUUGAAUGGUAUAAGGACAAUGGAUAUUCAAGAAAAUGGAUAUAAUAACUGAAUUAGUUUUUCAUAGAUUUUGAUGGUUAACAUGUAUCCUUCGAAGAAAUGUGUUUCCUUUUUUGACGAUAGUGUCGAACGAUGUUUAAAUAUGAAAUAUUUUUAGUCAUAGCUAUAAACUAUACAGGGAAUGCGAAGAGUAAUACGCUUGUUAUGUACAAAUUUGUCAAAUUGUCGUGAAUUAGUACUGUUCAUGUUUGGAAAUAGCCUUAUAAUAUAGAUGUGUGUCAAUAUGCGUACACGAGAAAUAAGGAAAAAGACAUGAAAUGUUGAAAUAUCUUAAGCAUGUAUAUACCAUAGAUGCAUACAGUAUGGUGUAACUUAUACAUAUACUUUUUAUAACAACAGAACGUAAGAUUUCGACAUGUAUCACAAUUGUUUGUAUAAGCGGCUAUU